AUGGAUGCGACAUUUUUGAGGAGUAAGGCUAGAAAAGCAUUUGCGCGAUAUGCCUCUGACUCCGCUGCUGUCAACGGCGCGAAACCAGAAGCGUCAAAGUCAGCUUUUCCCGAUGUCAGCAGCAAAAGUGUCGCAUACUGGCUACUAGCCAGUGCGGCCAGUGUGUUUGGUAUCGUUGUCUUUGGAGGCCUGACUAGGCUAACAGAGUCCGGACUGAGUAUUACCGAAUGGCGCCCUGUCACCGGAUCGCUUCCUCCUAUGAAUGCCGAAGACUGGGAAUCAGAGUUCUCAAAAUACCGUGCUUCACCCGAAUUCCAGCUUUUAAACCCAACGAUGACGCUUUCCGAAUUCAAAUCUAUCUACUACAUGGAAUGGAUCCACCGCCUUUGGGGUCGAUUUGUUGGACUUUCCUUCGUUUUACCGGCAGUCUACUUUGUUGCUAGGAAGAAGGUCAGCAAGCCAAUGGUCCUGCGACUGGGCGGAAUUGCAGGCUUGAUUGGAUUUCAGGGUUUUAUUGGUUGGUGGAUGGUCAAGUCCGGACUGAAGGACGAUCUUUUUGCCCCCGGAAGCCACCCUCGUGUCAGUCAGUAUCGUUUGACGGCUCAUUUGGGAGCUGCGUUCGUCUGCUAUACGGCGAUGCUUUGGAAUGGUCUCGCUAUCUUGCGGUCUCAUCGCCUUUUGUCCGACCCGGAAGCCGGGCUCAAACUGCUGGACUCGCUCAAAGACCCCAAGCUUAAGCUUUUCCGUCGGUCUGUUGCCGGUUUGGCCCUUCUUGUUUUCGUUACCGCCAUGUCCGGUGCUCUUGUUGCCGGUCUAGAUGCUGGACUUAUCUACAACGAGUUUCCCUGGAUGGGUAACGGACUUGCACCUCCCAUGUCGGAAUUGUUUGAUGAUAGGUACUCUCGCCACGAGGACCGUUCAGACCGUUGGUGGAGGAACAUGCUAGAGAAUCCUUCUCUAGUGCAGCUAGACCAUCGUAUUCUGGCUAUGACUACGUUCACCUCUAUAAUGGCUCUUUGGGCAUACACGCGCAGGUCGCCGAACAUGAAGCGGCUUCUUCCCCCUUCCGCGAAGAAAGGCGUUCACGGAGUUGUCGCCUUCGCUUGUAUGCAGGUUGGACUCGGCCUGACGACCCUACUGUACCUCGUUCCUACCCCGUUGGCUUCAGCUCACCAGGCUGGAAGCUUGUUCCUUCUAACCUGGGUUCUCGUCCUUGGUAGUCGCGUCUGGCAUCCUUCACGGACAGCGAAGCUGCUGCAACUAGCAGCAAAGGCGCGUGGCAAUUCGCUACCAAAUGUCACUCGCCAGGCCGCUCCAAAGCUAUAACAAUUGUUAACCUACAUCAGGAACCAGGAGCUACCGGAAUUGUAUCAGGUUCAAAUCCCAUGCUGUAUUAUUACGGAAAUCCCUACUUAUUUCUCUGUACAUUACUUUCAUAGUUUGCCACCAUAUACAUUGCCAAGUUGGCGCGAAUCAUAUUGGAAUCCAUGCUCUAU